GCAUUUCUGUGAUCUCAAAUAAUAUGUUUCUCCAUGUUGGUUCGUCAAGUGCUCUGCUACCGGUAUGGUGAAUCAGAGCCUAUUAUUUCCGUUCCUCCCCUUUCUCAGGAAAAGAAUGGUACAGUCCCAGACCGCACUUUAAUGACUCCUGCCAGGGGGCGUGGCCAAGGCGGGGGGGCGUGGCUAACCUCCCCAGCUCGACCUGGCUGUUUCAGUGGCUGGGAAACCUUGAAAACUGCAGAUCGAGGGAAAGAAACAAGGAAGCUGGUCGUCUGUGGGUCUCACAACUCCCUGGAGAAAAUGAAGCCUCACGUCGUGUACCAGCAGCUGAAGACGCUGCACAGCUCCGAAGAGCCUCAAUUGACUGAGCAGCCCAGACCGGCUCAACACAAGCUCCUCCCACGGGACUCCCACUACAUCUUGGUAACGGCGAUCUUAUCUACAGUGCUGGUGGCAGCCCUUUUGGUCCGGAUGUUCCUCUUUCCCUUCUAUAGUACAGCUUCUGUAGAGACUGUGGUGGCCACCCCAUCCCUAGACAACACAUGCAGCGACCCAUGCAGUGUCACGCUGGUGGAAAGUAUCCCUGAAGGGCUGAUCUACGAUGACAACAGUACCAUCAACCCUUCUAUUUUCGAGGCCUGGAUGAAUGUUUUGGGAGAUGCAAGGAGCACCGUGGAUAUUGCCUCCUUCUAUUGGACCUUGUCGGAUGAGGACACUCAUACCCACGAUCCCUCCUCCAACCAGGGGGAAGAAGUUCUUGCAGAGCUGCUGAAACUGCCCAACCGAGGGGUCUCCUUGCGGAUUGCAGUCAAUCCCCCUUCUGCCCAUAUGCCCUGCAGUGAUCUCCAGAAGCUGGAGGAAAGCGGUGCUCAGAUCCGCAGGGUCAACCUCCCUAGGCUCACCUCAGGAAUUCUACACACCAAAUUCUGGAUUGUGGACCAGACACACCUUUACAUUGGAAGCGCCAACAUGGACUGGCGUGCCCUCACACAGGUGAAGGAGGUGGGAGUGGCUGUGUACAAUUGCAGCUGCCUGGCCCAGGACUUAGGGAAGAUGUUUGAAGCAUACUGGGCCCUGGGCUUGCCCAACGCCACCAUCCCUUCACCCUGGCCAACCAACUACUCCACAACGUACAACAAGGAGACUCCCUUGGCUCUCCAGUUGAAUGGCACGGAUGCCGGGGUGUUUUUCUCGAGUGCUCCUCCAGCCCUAUGUGCAACGGGGCGGACUGAGGACCUCCAGGCCUUGCUUGGUGUCAUUGAUGAGGCUCAGGAAUUUGUCUAUAUUGCUGUGAUGAACUAUUUGCCUACUAUGGAGUUCUCACACCCCAGAAGGUUCUGGCCAGCGAUCGAUAACUUUUUGAGGAAAGCGGCCUACGAGAGGCAAGUACGAGUCCGCCUCCUGGUCAGUUGCUGGAAGCACUCCAAGGGCAACAUGUUCCCCUUCCUGCGAUCCCUAAACGCCAUGCAGGACAACCGGACCCACUACAACGUGGAAGUGAGGCUCUUUGUGGUCCCAGCAAAUGAGUCGGAGGCUAGGAUCCCUUACGCCAGAGUCAACCACAGCAAGUUCAUGGUGACGGACAAGGUGGCUUAUAUUGGAACUUCCAACUGGUCUGGGGAUUACUUCCUCCACACAGCCGGAUCUGCCCUGGUUGUGAAUCAAAGCGACGCCGAGGCUGGGAUCCAGCCCACCCUCCGGGAGCAACUCCAAGCAGUGUUUGAACGGGACUGGGACUCCCAGUACAGCCGGGAACUGAACUCCUUGGGCCAGUGGCAGGAUUCUUGCAGUCCAGUUUAGACCCUACCUUUACUUCCAGCCUUAUAUGAAGACCAGUGUUUGAGAACAGCCAGAGUGACUUCCUUCGAACAUCACCUGAAGACAAGAUCUGGUCAACUUUUGCAAGACAUUGGUUCCACCCUAGAGCUAAGCACAAAGGGGUCUUGCUGGUGUGAAACUUUUGACGGGGGGAAAUGGGUCUUUCUCUCAAAUCCUUGGAUAGGCAGAGAAACAUACAAGCUAAGCAUCAAUGGAAGGGACAUUGGGGGUGGGGUGGGUUGCGGAGAGGAAGAAUCGGGGCUUUGGCUGACACUUGUGUUCCAGUCUGCAACUGUAUCCUCUUGUCUUACAAGAAGCAGCAGAGGCCGAUCAAAUCUCAUGCACAAAUUGGGUAAAAAAUGUUUCAGGAAGGUGAGAAAAAGAGAAGGCAACUGUUUUCUCUGUUGGGACGACUGUAGAAGAGACAGAGAGUGGGUUUAGAUGUUAGAAAAAAUAGAUAUAUGACAAAAGUUUGAAAAGGGUUUAAAGGAAUCAUGGAUGAGGACUUCUCUAGGGAUAGUCCUCCAUUAUUAGAGAUCUCAAAGUUUUAACAGCAUCUGGAAAGCUGUCUCCCACUUUGGGAUGGCUACUACCUUUCAUUUUCAAAGAGCAACAGCAUCUGAAGGCUACCGUAUUUUAGACAUUAUCUUAAGCUGACAUGACUUGUUGGAACAGAUUAUAAUGUCCAGUAAAGUGGAAGGAAGCAGGAAGACUACACUACACUAAACUGAUUUAAUCAAAGGGGUCAUGGCUGCCCUGGGUUUGCAAGACCUGAUGUGGGAUCUUUGAAUUCUCUCAUUCAUAGGGUUGCCCUAAAUCGAAGUCUCAACGUGUUUUUUUUUAAUUGUGUCAGAAACGACUUGAGAAUAUACUGUAAGUCACUUCUGGUAUAAGAGAAUUGCCGUCUACAGAGACAUUGCCCAGGGGACGCCCAGAUGUGUUACCAUCCUGCUGGGAGGGUUCUCUCAUGUCCCCGCAAGCUAGAGCUGACAGAUGGGAACUCACCCUAUCACAGAUUCGAACCUCAACCUUCAGGUCAGCAGUUCAGUUUGCACAAGGGAGGCAAAUAGCAAUAAUAAGCAUGCCAUACUUGGCACCUCCUACUUAAAUUUGCAGAACUAUUGGGAUGUCCCUGACAAUAUAAGAGGAAGGCAGAUAGAGUCCUGUGGCAUUACCAGUAGAGUUGCUUCUACUUCUUUGUUGCCUUGUAUCUGAUUCCAACAAGGGCUCUGUAGUCGUGGCAUCUACUCCCGUUUCUGACUCAAAGCAAUCUUUUGCUUUCUAAGUGGGGUUUUCUUUAAUGGUGGAAGCUACUGACAUGUAUGAAUGGCAUCCUGCAGUUGCACCUACAUCCAAUUUUUGUAUGUAACAUUUGGAAUUAAAAGACCAUUUUCCUUUCAA